GCACAUCCUGUGUUUCCUGGAAGGAGGAGCGACCCUGCGAGCGCAGCAAGUAGCGGUCUGUCAUUACCUUCCUACCGGGAUAACGGAACCGUGUCUCUGACCUGUUAACUCCCGUCCAGGACGUUAAACCGGGUGCCUCUAUGGUCCAGUUAACCUUACAGCGAGAUACACGGUGUUCAGUUUACUCAAGAGGUGAGCCAUGGCUGAACAGAGUUCUGCCCGAUCCCAAAGGAAGAUGUCCACCUCCGGGGAGAGUGUGUAUAAGGUACUAGGCCUUGAGAAAGGAGCUUCAGCUGAGGAAAUUAAGAAGGCAUACAGGAAACUUGCACUGAAGUACCAUCCGGACAAGAACCCAGACAACCCAGAUGCAGCGGAGAAGUUUAAGGAGAUUAACAACGCCAACUCUAUUUUAAACGACGAGAACAAAAGGAGGAUUUACGACGAGUAUGGCUCCAUGGGCCUUUACGUAUCCGAACAGUUCGGAGAGGAAAGUGUCAAAUACUACUUCCUCAUGUCCAAGUGGUGGUUUAAGAGUGUGGUGCUGUGCUGCACACUUUUUACCUGUUGCUGCUGCUGCUGCUGUUGCUGUUUCUGCUGCGGGAAGUGCAAGCCCCCCGACGAUGAUGAAAACUACCAAUAUGUUGAUCCGGAAGACCUGGAGGCCCAAAUCAGAGCGGAUCAGGACGGAGGUACCACUGUAAUCAUAAUCCAGCCAGCCUCCGAUCUGGGUCCUGAAACCCCAGAGGAACAGAGUAAGCCAAUCCCCCUGCCUAUGCCCAUGCCUCCACCUGAGCCCCAGUCGCCUUCAUCAACCAACACACCGGGGAAAGAAAACCCCAGAGAAAGCUUACAAGAGUCUGAAUGACUCGAAAAUGAUCAUGUGAUUCAGUGUCAACUAGCUUCUGCAGGAAGCCUCUCGAGGCCCUACUAUGAUCCAGCUACAUCUGACCGCUGUGAAGAACCCAGAGAAAAGCCAGCCCAAAGUUAUCAGCCAUCCCAGAUCUCCUCCCCUCUCCUGCCUCACCUCCAGCCCACCGAUGCUCCAAAGCUAACCUGCGAGGCGGCCGCAUCUGCCUGCCCCCAGCUGUGUAACCACCUGGAGAUCAGCCAAGCCGACGGCCAUGCUCCUAAAUUUGGGAGGUCUUUCCAACCAGCUCUUGAACGUUCCCCUAUCUUCUAGUUACUGAAUUGUCUGUGCGAUGCUGGUUGUGACUGCAUCAGUGUGUUACGCCAAAACCACCCCAGUCUCCUCUGGUCAUCACCUUUCUAACCGCUAAGGAUGGCAUAUGAAGGAGAAGUGGAGGGAUUAUUUAUUGCUUUUCUUUUCCUCCUAUUGUAGAUAAUCCAUUGGUCAUCAGCCGGAUGACUUUAUUUUUAUUUUUUUAACAUAUCUCCCACAGUAACUUGCUUUAUUAUUUUUGGAAUAGAACAUUGACGGUAAAUUCGAUGCCAAACUUAGAAAUCCAGCUGCUCAGCAGAAACAUUGACUUAACUUAUGGAGGACGGUUUGAACCAGUCAUUGCUGCAUCAUCUUCCACUAUCACCCACUAAAACUCUUACUUUGAAUGAAAACAAAGGAAACAGAGUUCUUUGCCUCCUUUAAAAACUGAUCUCAUCAGGAUCUACUUUAUUUCAUGGUUUGAUGUUAAACGUCUGAGCCAAGCUAAAGAGCUGUUAUUAGGAGAUGGAAGACCUCUGCUAUCAGCAUGCAGUCAUUGUUUUGUUUCCCAGCUGCACGUCCUCCCUUCUGUACUGCAUGGAAACCCAAACCACACCAAAAAACCCUGCUUUUCCCUGCAUACUCUGGUGAAACGAAACAAACACACUCAUACCAGCCCUGAUGUCAGCGUUAGAGGAAACGGACAGCCCCCCCCCAGCCCUCUGUAACAUGAGUGACUGAUGCCAAACCAUGGAGCUCUGAUGGAUGUCAACGAUCUGUGCUUUUAAGUUGCUCUCAUGCUCAUUUACAUCAUGUUGUUGAUUAAAACAGACAUUUUUAUUUUGCUAUUAGCCUGCCAGGCGGAUCUAUGCGCCUCUUCUGAUCCGUUACCAUUUUUAUAUUUCCCUGAGACGAUCAGUGGCAUCAUGUUCAGAUUCACCAGGUUUCAUUUUUGAGCCAUCAACGAGGGAUUGGGGAAAUUAGACAUUUUUACUCUAAAUUUUCAGACCUUGCAUCUAAUUUUUCCGUUAUGUUAUCAAUUCUCUAAACCUUUACCUGCUGACUUGACACUGACAGUGGUGUGCCUUGAAGAAUAAUUGUAGCAGUGAUUAAGCAGGUUAAUAGUUGAGGGUUUGCCAUACGCUUCUUGGAUGCUGUGCAGAAAAUAAUCCAGUUUGGGGAUCUACUAAUAAAGGGGAAAGGCUUUUUUUUUUUUUUUCUUUUGUGGUAACUUACUGGGCCUGAUCUCCUCCUGUCUGCAAACCUCUAGGAAGGUUUCUUUAGUUUUGGAUUCAAACAAGUAGCAUAAGAUAAAUUCAGCCCCCAUAUAUGUUUUUAUAAAUCCUACAAAAUCAGCCACAGCUUAUUUUAGAUCUUUUCUGAUUAUCAUCUAAUGGGACAUUUUUGGAUGCUCUUAUAUCAUGGAAAGGAGCUAUUAACUGACCUAAAUUUUUUUAAUCAAGUUUUCAUUAAAAACAGUCAAUUUAACUUAUUUAACUGGUGUUUUCUAAAUAUACAGACGGAGUAAAACUUUUAGUUUAUUUUUAAUUUGGGAUGGUCUGUUUGCUCUAUUUUUUGCUCAUAUUAGUUUACCGUCUGUUUUUGGAAAGAACCCAAAUGAAACCUUUUACUAUUUUAUUUUUAAUUAAUCUGGAAGCAAUCAUCUCUCAGUAUUUAAUGAUGUUGUUAAAAGUCAGCUUCAUUUUAAAAAAAAAUACGUAUUUUUAUCAAGCUAUUCUUAAAAUCCAUCUCUAAAGACUGUUUACAGAAUGUAUAUUCAAAGACAUUUUUUUAUAUUUCAUGUAAUAUCUUCUCAUUUCGUUCAGCAUGUUUCACCCCAACUAGACUUUUUAUUUUUUACUGUUACCUCAGUUUGUGAUCAUUUUCAAUGCUAAACUUCUUUGACAUUUAUGGAGUAAACAUAAAAAUGUUUUAAAAUUUAUUCUGACAGAAUAUUGAGCAAAGUUUGAAUCUUUAGUUUUAGAAGGAGCGGUUAGAGAUAGAAAUAUCUUGCUGCCGGGUUUUUUUUUUUUUUUAAAGAUUCCCUACCUUUUGUUUGAGCUGCAGAAACACAAAUUCUGGAAUAAACAAAGUAAGUUCCUCUGGAUAAAAUCACAUAUUUUGUUUAAAACAUUGACUCUGAAUUUUGAUUUUCAUGUUAAGCAAAUUUAGACAGUUUGCAGUUCUGUUUGUGUGUUUUACGACUAAAAGAAACAAGUUUUUUUUUUUUUCUUAAACUCAAUUUUACUCCAAUUUUAGUGGAAUUCUGUGUACUAUUUUAUGGAGGGUAAAAAAAAAACAUUGCUUAGUUCUAACGUAGUCUUGGGCUCAUAUUUUUCACAAAAAGUGUUAAUGAAAAACACAGUUUCUUGCUGUAUAAGUUUUUUUCUCACAUUAUCCAUUUCAAAUAUCCAAACCUUCCCAGUCGACGCAUCCAUGGAUGGAUUCCGCUUUAUUUCGCUCAUCCUUACCUGAAAAGUGCUCAAAUAGAAAUGUCCAGCCAUUUUCCGUAUUCAUAGUCUAUAGUUUUUAUGCACAGAAGAAGUGAAGGCUGUAAAUCAUUGGCUUGAAUCUGGCAGAAGCUAAUUUUAAUAAGUUUAGUUGGUAAUAAACUGUCUUGCUCCAAAGUAGAGGCCAGUCUGCCUGGAAGUUGCAGAUCCUGCAAACCCAUUUUCUCCCAGCAGCCCAGAUGACAUAUUUCCGCGUCAAAUGGAUUAAACAAAUGCAGAUCUGCAUGUUGGAGCAAUUUAAGAGUUGAAAACAGCAUGAAAAGCAGGUCAGAUAAAAAUAUCUGCAUCAUGUGUCUCAGUCUGCAGACAUGAGCUGGUUUUUAUUUGUUUUCUUUACCCAUAAUUAACGGCUCACCUUUGACCCACUAACUCUAAACACUUCAUGCAAAAAGGCCAUGAAAACAUGUUUUUUUAACCAAAGUAAUCUACACCUAAAACCUAAAAGAAUGACCAAAAUAAUAUAUCGGCACUGAAGAAGGUGCAUAAAGUGAUUUAACUAUUAAUGGACUUCUGGUUUUUAUUUCUGCUACAGAAAAAUGAGUGUGAAAGAUUGUAGUGACAUUGGGCUGAAGUCAGCUUGUUUACUCUGAGUCACAGAAUCGGAGAUCAGUGAUUCAAACUCCACCGCUAAAAAAAAAAUAAAAAUCUGUGUGUGGAGCUAAUGUGCUUCCAGGAAGAUUAUUAUGUUUUUGUUUUUUAAGUUGGCUGGUUAAAAAAAUCUAGAUGUAAAGAGAAAAAAGACGUUCUUGACCUGAAAAUGAGACAUUUCUUCCUUGUACAUAAUGACUGUGAUGAAAUUCAACUAAAUAAAAAAAAGGGGGAUUUUCUAA